AAAUCUUUUUUUAAAAAUUGAGGGACUCCUUUUUCGCAACGGGUUUGCCGCCAGAACACAGGUGUCGUGAAAACCACCGCUCAUCCUAAACCAGAAUGGGGAAGGAAAAGACUCAUAUCAACAUUGUUGUCAUCGGACAUGUAGAUUCGGGCAAGUCUACCACUACUGGUCAUCUGAUCUACAAAUGUGGUGGGAUCGACAAAAGAACUAUUGAAAAAUGCGAGAAGGAGGCUGCUGAGAUGGGAAAAGGCUCCUUCAAGUAUGCCUGGGUCUUGGAUAAACUGAAAGCUGAACGUGAACGUGAUAUCACCAUUGAUAUCUCCCUGUGGAAAUUCAAGACCAGCAAGUAUUACGUGACCAUCAUUGAUGCUCCAGGACACAGAGACUUUAUCAAAAACAUGAUUACAGGUACAUCCCAGGCUGACUGUGCUGUCCUGAUUGUUGCUGCUGGUGUUGGUGAAUUUGAAGCAGAUAUCUCCAAGAACGGGCAGACCCGUGAGCAUGCCCUUCUGGCUUACACACUGGGUGUAAAACAACUAACUGUUGGUGUUAAGAAAAUGGAUUCCACUGAGCCACCCUACAGCCAGAAGAGAUACGAGGAAAGUGUUAAGGAAGUCAGCACCUACAUUAAGAAAAUUGGCUACAACCCCGACACAGUAGCAUUUGUGCCAAUUUCUGGUUGGAAUGGUGACAACAUGCUGGAGCCAAGUGCUAAUAUGCCUUAGUACAAGGGAUGGAAAGUCACCCGUAAAGAUGGGAAUGCCAGUGGAACCACACUGCUUGAAGCUCUGGAUUGCAUUCUGCCACCAACUCAUCAAACUGACAAGCCCUUGCGUCUGCCUCUCCAGGACGUCUACAAAAUUGGUGGUAUUGGUACUGUCCCUGUGGGCCGAGUGGAGACUGGUGUUCUUCAGCCUGGCAUGGUGGUCACCUUUGCUCCAGUCAAUGUUACAACUGAAGUCAAGUCUGUUGAAAUGCACCAUGAAGCUUUGAGUGAGGCUCUUCCUGGGGACAAUGUGGGCUUCAAUGUCAAGAACGUAUCUGUCAAAGAUGUUCGUCGUGGCAAUGUGGCUGGUGACAGCAAAAAUGACCCACCAAUGGAAGCAGCUGGCUUCACAGCUCAGGUGAUUAUCCUGAACCAUCCAGGCCAAAUUAGUGCUGUAUAUGCACCUGUGCUGGAUUGUCACACAGCUCACCUUGCUUGCAAGUUUGCUGAGCUGAAGGAGAAGAUAGAUUGUCGUUCUGGAAAAAAGCUGGAAGAUGGUCCCAAGUUCUUGAAAUCUGGUGACGCGGCUAUUGUUGAUAUGGUUCCUGGCAAGCCUAUGUGUGUUGAGAGCUUCUCUGACUAUCCUCCUCUGGGCCGUUUCGCUGUUCGUGACAUGAGACAGACAGUUGCUGUGGGUGUCAUCAAAGCAGUGGACAAGAAGGCAGCUGGAGCUGGCAAGGUCACCAAGUCUGCCCAGAAAGCUCAGAAGGCUAAAUGAAUAUUAUCCACAAUACCUGCCACCCCAGUCUUAAUCAGUGGUGGAAGAAUGGUCUCAGAACUGUUUGUGUCAAUUGGCCAUUUAAGUUUAAUAGUGAAAGACUGGUUAAUGAUAACAAUGCAUCGUAAAACCUUCAGAAGGAAAGGAGAAUGUUUUGUGGACCAUUUGUUUUUUUGUGUGUGUGGCAGUUUUAAGUUAUUAGUUUUUAAAAUCAGUACUUUUUAAUGGAAACAACUUGACCAAAAAUCUGUCACACAAUUUUGAGACCCAUUAAAACAAAAGUUUAAUGAGAAAAAAAAAUUGAGGGACAAAGAAAGGAACAAAAACAUGGUAGAAAAAUGGGGGGGAAGCCUUAAACAGACAAUCCAGAAAACACAUAAAAAUGUUGCUUACACUUAAGAAAAAGUGCGCAAACUCACUCAUAAUUAGAGAAAUGCAAACAUUUAUGUUGAGAAAUCACUCAUCACCUAAUUACACUGGCAAAAAUUAAACAAUAUGGCAAUAUAAUCCGGUGAAACUGGGGGGAACUCACAAACACUGUUGGUGAGAAGCAAACUUGGUACGGCCUAUCUGGAGGGGAAUUUGGCGAUAUCUAACCAAACGACAUAUACCCUUACUUUUCACCCUAGCAAUCCCACUAAACAUACACCUCCAGUAUUACCAAAAGAUUAAUCAUUGCAGUAUUGCUUAAAAUCAAAGAUACCGUAAAUAACCAAAAAGCUAUACACAGAUGGAUAUAUUGAAGAAUUAUUUAUCUAUGAGUGAUAUUAGCCCUUCUGUGGCACAUGUACCUGUACUGACAGAGUAAACUACAGGACAACCACACAAUACAGUACUAUGCAGCUGUGAGAAAAAUGAGGAAGAUCUUUAUGAACUAAUAAGGAGUGAUUCCAGGACAUAUUCUUAACUGAAAAAGGCAAAGCCCUAGGUUCCAGUACAGGAUGGCAAUAUCGGAAAGCCCUGAACUGACCUCCCCCAUGGAACACAGCGAAUUGCACCUAUUGAUAGAACAGUUCCUCCUCAAGAAGACCUGACGACUAACCGAACAGCUUCUGAGCAACCAAAGAUGGAGAGAAGAGUGAGUGAGCGAGCGAGCAAGCGAGAGAGAACCAAAGGGAACCCCUACACUCACACUGUGAACAGAGUGGGGAGGGAGAGUACUGAGGAACUGGGAACAGAUCCCUCUGUCCUUGGGCACAGAAAAAUAAAAGCCACAGUUUUAAAGAACAAGUAGCAUAUAAAAGACACAACCCUAGAACUCUGCUGAGUGGUGAAGGAGCUGUGGGAAUGUUCUCCAGGUGAGAGAGACACAGUUUAUGUUCCCAUGUCACCUUAAAAGCCUAGAAUGGAGCAGGGUCCAGCCUCCGUAACAGGUGGGUCUGGCCCUCACAGGGAGCUUGCAACCUCAGCAAGCCAAGGGUCCACAAGCCUGCACCAGUCUCAGUUGCACUAAAGCACAGGAAAAAAAAAAAAAAAAAGCCAAGUUUACAAGGGCCAAAAAACUGUAGGAACACUCUUCCCCUCCACCUUAAAAGCCCAGAUGGCCUGGGAAUAAAAA